UUGUUUUGUACGGUGUGCAGGGGAAAGGUCAAGGCCUUCUCCCUCUGACCGUAGCCGUGUCUUACGUCACGCUCUGGCUACGAUACGUGACGUCGGCUUGAGUGCUGUGUGCUGCCGGUGGGAGCUCUGGGGGUGCACUGGUCAGGCCCCUCCCCUCCCUGUCCAAGGUUUUGGCGUGAAAAGCGUUCACGCGCCUUGGCAUGGGCUGGGUGUCGUGGGCGCUGACGAUUGGUCACAGCCCCUGGGCGACAGGAAGUGACCCCCAGAAAGCAGCGUCCCUCGUGGCAGUUCUGACCUGGGCUCGGUGGAGAGAGGAGCGUGUUGUGUUUGAAAAGGACGGCGGGAGACCGGGCCAUUUGGGCAGUGUGGGCUGCGCCGUGUUACCCAGGACGUUUGAACUUCCCUUGGAAAGUGUCCGCGGACUUCCACGGGAGAGUUUCUGCCAUUCCCGUUGUGGAGGGCAGCUGACCGUCGGGUACCAUCACAAGCCGUUUUGGGCUUUUAUCUGUUCUACUCGUUCUACAUGUUCGCCAUAUUUUGCAACGUCUUCGUAUGUCGCAUCUUCAUCGUAUUCGACAGACUCUAUGUGUUCUUCGUCGUUGACGUCUCAUCCGCCAUUGUGUCAACCAGCCACCCUGUACCCACGUCAUCUCAUCGGCGUGUGAACACGUGACCUCGCUGCGCGGGUGUGCGGCCAGCCUUAGGUGGAGCAGCCAGGGUUAGGACCGGCGAGCAGGGGUUCACGUGACCAACGGCCUACCCACCUCUCGUACCUGGACGCGAGGAGGGAGGGGGGCCAGCUGGAGUAGAAGAAGACUGGUGUUUCCGCUGAUUCUUUGAACACUUGAGCAGACAUUGACUGUGCUGUGUCGCAGUGCUCUUGGCAUUUUUUCUGCUGUAUUUGUGUUUUAUUUGUAACCUCUUGGCGGGGAGGUAGUCCCCUGUUGUUUUUGUAUUUAUUUGACGGGUGCUCGUGGGGGUAUUUUUUGAUCCGUUUUUUCUGUGUGUGUGUGUGGGUGUAUGUGUAUGCGUGUUUAUACUUGUCAGUAAACAGCGUGCUUGUAUCGUU